UAUAAACUUUUCUCAUUUUAAUGAUUUUAGAUAACUGUUGUUUAAAUACUAAUGAUCACAUCAUUAUGUAAUAAUGUUUUAAAUGAUAAGUAAACAUGCACAUUUAGAAUACAAUAUUUGAAUGGACAUGAAAUGCUCUGUUUUCAACAACAACAAUCAGGAAUAAUGAUUUCUUUGCAUAAAUUCUCGCUUCUUGUAUUAAUAAACGCUUUUCUCUUUGUAUCUUUAACCAUAUCUGUACAAGGACUAGAGUUUAAGUUUGCCCGUCGGUUGAAUGUAGACAAUGUUAAUCUUUACAUUGCUGACAGUCACCUUUCAAUGUAUGGAAUAAAUGACUGUAUAGACGCAUGCAAGAGGAGGAAAAAUUGUAGAUUUAUAAAUUAUGAACCAUUAAAAAAAUUGUGUCAAAUGAUCAACACGAUAAAGGAAGAGACUUUCACGACAGCUGACCAUUUGGAAACAGUACCUGGCUUCUAUUUCGGGGACAAAACUUGGUGGAAUAUGGAUGAUCAAUAUGAGUAUGUAGAUAAUGAAGACAAUGAAGACUUUGGAUCAAAUGUCGGAGGUAAUUAUACAGCGAGUCUGAAAACUGGAUGUAGAUUACCUGAAGAAAAGGAAAACGCAACAGUACUAGGGAAUAUGUUCUCAUACGGUGAUAAAGUCCAAUACAAAUGUAUGGAUGGCUUCGUAUCAAACAAAAAUGUUCCAUUAAUUUCAGAAUGCCUUGACGAUGGUACUUGGAGUAGACAAGACUUCACCUGUGUUCCUGGCGUAGUUCACAAUGUUGACAAAACGUUCUACAUGCUGAUUAGGGAAAAGAAGACGUGGUCAGAAGCAAAUGAGACGUGUAAUAAUAUUGGAUGGCUGCUGGUGUACAUACAAACGUUGCAAGAACAUGACAAAAUUGUCGAACUGAUAAAGGCAACUGACAACUCUGACGCUUAUUGGACCGGAGGUAGGCGCAUCGACAACGAAGACAAGUUUGAAUGGAAUGAUGGUUCAGCUGUCUCCCUCUCCAACCCAUAUUGGCAGUCUGGUCAGCCAAACGAUCGUAAUGGCCUUCAAAAUUGUAUUAUGCUAAACAAAAGAGCCAGCUUCAAAUUCAAUGACCGUUCGUGUUCAAGGGAAUACUAUUCGAUUUGCAAAAAGACAUUUUAAAAUUAAAAAAUGCCCUUUUAUAUCUUCAGUAUUAAUUGUUUUGUAUUAUAACUAUUAAGUGUUUAGCUUUGCCUGUUUAUUGUAUUUCAGUUUAGAUCACUUUAUUCAUAUUUAAGUUAACAACAUUUUGAAGGAAUGUUAAACAACUUUUAUUAAUCAGCUCCCAGGAUAUAACAGUUCUAUUGUCAUAUGAAGAAACUUUGUGGUGAUUAUAUUGAUGAUCUAAAUCUCGAUAAACCUUGGCUCUUAUUCAAUAUCA